AUGGAUAAAUUAAGACAAACUCCAGCUGAGUUGCAAUUCGUUCCGGGCGAUGGUGAUUUGUCUGAGCGGUGGAAAAGAUGGAUACAAACAGUUAAUUUAUACAUGGAUGUCUGCAUGAAAGACGCAUCUGAGAAAGAGAGAUGCAGCGCUUUCUUAUAUAUCAUUGGUCAAGAUGGCAGAGAUAUCCACAACACAUUUGAUUUCGAGACAAGCGAAGUAGACAAAAUAAAACCGUUAAUACAAAAGUUUGAAGAUUAUUGCAUACCGAAGCAGAACACAACAAUACAGCGAUACAAAUUUAAUAAACGCGUGCAAGGCGAAACCGAAUCAGUUGACCAAUAUGUUACGUAA